GGCUGGUCUCGCGCUUCCCGCGGGGACCGGACGGACGACGGCGACGCGAGCUCCGGGCCACCGCCACGGACACGUAGGCUCCCUGAACUCCGGCUGGUCGCUUGUGUCUCACCAUCAUGUCAAGUGUCUGAUAAGCGGGUUCCUCCGACUAUCGAAGUGACUUUGCCCUCGGCACGGGUCCUCUCGUCUCGGCUCCGACCGGACCCACCGGACCCACUGGGGUUCCGGGGUGAGGUCCAGUGAAGGGACACACGGCUCGGACCGUCCGAGGGCACAGGACGACGGGCAGGAGAGGAGCAGAAGGAUGGAGGAGUCUGACUUGCUGAAGGAGCGGCUCCAGGCGAUCACUGAGAUAAAGAGAUAGUUGCUCCUAGAAUCGCUAUCAGCGGAUCAGGCUCCCCGAUGCUUAGGCCCCAGAAAAACAGUGGAACCUGGUUUUCCAUCAAGUGUUAAGUCAGUUGAGGAGUUUUGCAGCCACAGCGAUCUGCUACAUGAGAAGCACCGCAUUCAGGAAGUCGUUCGACAGAAGAAGCUGGAACUGGACCAAGAGAAAUUUCAACUCCAGCAUCUGAAGAAAAAAGCUCUGCGAGAGAAGUGGCUGCUGCAGGACUCGGCUUCCCACAAUGCAACGGGCUCUCCACAGCAACAGAGCCUUCUGUCUGACCAGCAGCGAACCAAAGCACUGCAGCUCCACAUCCACAGGAUAGAAAUGGAGGUGGAGUUUCUGGAGCGACAGGAGUCUGUGAUUUCCACCAAUGAGAGUUUCAUCCUCAACAGGCUGAAGGCUGUAGAGAGAAGUCCAGAGGAAAUUAUUAAGGAGGCGCAAGAAAACUUUGUUCCUGAACCAUUAAAGGUCACCACAGAACCCCCGUCUCCACCAGCCGAUAAUCCCACUGAGCCGAUGGCACCAAGAAAGACUCUGUUUGCCAUGGAGAUCAACGUGAGUAAAAACCUGCUGACAGGGCAGAGCACCGUCCUCUCCACAGCCUCCGUCCCCCCGGAGCAGCUACGCCAACACACCGGGCUCAAGGUGUACGAUGACGGCAGGAAGAGUGUGUAUGCGCUCAAUUCACGUUCACAGGGGUCACAUGACCUGAGCUGUAGAUCUGAGCUGUCAGCCAGAGAAGUGGAACAGCUGCUGAGAGGCGCCACCGUGCAUCGCCGGGUAAACCAGCAGAACUACCAGCAGAACUACCAGAAGAACUACCAGCAGAACUACCAGAAGAACUACCAGCAGAACUACCAGCAGAACUUCCACCAAACUCCCAGCAGAAGGGAGGAGCAUUGUUUUUACAACCACCAAGAUGAGGGAGACAACGUGGAUGGACGUGACCUCAGUAACCAGGGAAGACGCCAUGGCAACAACACCGUGGAGACAAGCUCAAGCUGCAGGCUGAGAAACCGACAGGACUAUGAGCAUCACUCUGGUUACCAGGAGGGCCCGUACUGUCGGCAGGAAGAGAGACGUAACCUGAAGGACAGUCAUCGCGUUGGAAACCACAGGGAUGUGGGACUUCACCAUGGCAAUCUGAAAGCUCAUCACUAUAGUUCUAACCAGGGUCAGGAAGGUCGGCCUUCGAGGAGCAGCAGGUCCAAUGGCUGUCCUACUCCGAGAUCACAUGACCAGGAAGCAGUGUCGGCCCACCAACCCCAGCUCUGCUAUACUCCAGCCAAUCAAAUACCUCUCAGCGAUUACAUUAGUGUUGACACAGAGGAACUUUAUUGUUACAGCCUGCCCCCCUACCACUCUGCUCUGUACGGUGGCCCCGCCCCCUCCGACAGAGUUCCCUCCCCCCUCUGUGGAGAAGACACCCCUUACACUAUUAUCAACGCCGUGGCAACCACAGAGCCCAUCACAGCCAUCUUCAUGGGCUUCCAAACAGCACAGGAUGACAGUGGGCGGGGUCAGGAGUUCGAGGGCUCCUUGAGGGCCGAGCUGGUCGUCAUCGAGGACGGCGGGGAAAGUGUUGACGACGGCAACGUGAGGGACAAGAAGAGCCACUCGCUGUCGCCGCCGGUCUGCAGCUCUGUGGGAGGAGGAGAGGGGCUUGGAGACAGACAGACAGACAGACGGACGGCACCAGGUAUUAAAAGGAUCCCGAAAAAUCAUAAAGCCUGCUGUACUGUUUGCUAACUGUGCUAACUAAUGCAUGUGUGUCCAACACUAAUCCAGUUCAUAUGGUGACACUUGAAACUAGGUUAACUAUUGAGGUAGUGUGAGAAUGAGGUGGGAUGUUAGAACUGACUCACUGUGAACAUCCAGUCAAAGAAGCCACACUUCUCAUGAGUUUGGCGAAAACCGAAACAGGAUUUUACAAUUAUCAGUUGAACUCAAACGCACCUCCCAACAUGGAACACGUGUCAGCGAGAUGCUGUCCUUAAUCCUCUGCAGCAUAAUGCAUUUCUCUGCUGUUAUAUAUAGUAAAUCAUUAAUAAUAUAUAUAUAUAUAUGCAGCACAAAAUGAGAAGUAUCAACUACACUGAUGUGUGUACUCUCCUCUGGCGCCCUCUGCUGGUGUGAAGGUGUUGAAGUGACUUUAAAAAAAGUCAAUAACUUCUAACUUCUACAAUUACUCUUUUUUAAUUUAAUUAUUCUCAUUUUUUUAUGAUAAGUUUAUAUAUAUUUAAAGUAUUUUAGUAAUAAUGUAUAGUGGCGUUUAGUAAAUACCAAAGUUCAGUGUUUUCCAAAGUAGAUUUCAGAGACACUUAGUUCAAGUGAGACAACUUCUUUAAACACCGUCACACAUGGAGACAUGAAAUCUCCAGGAGUCUGAGAUUUUUUUUUUUUUUUAAUGAAAUGAUAUAUUUAUGAAAAUAUUAUGGCCAAGGGCAAACUAUUUGUCUUCCACUGUCACGUGGUGAAACAUGCCAGGCACACUUCAUAAUAGAUACAAAAUAUAUAAUUAUAUUAGAAUGUGUAGAAUCAAAGUCAGAUGUUUGUUUUUUUUAAAUAAAAAAAAAAAUGUUUUGCCCGAUGAUGAUGUUGACACUUUUAUACUAACCUCAGAUGUUUGUACUGUAAAGGAGCAUGUGGACAACAUGUCAUUACACUACUUUAAUAAAUCUGUCUGUGUUGAUCUAA